AUGAGGUGGAGAGUGCUGUGUGACAGUAACAAGGAGAAUGUGUCUGGAUCAUCUGCAGUGGUGAAGUCGUCUCCAGCUGUAGCAUCGGUCCUCUCGCCCGUCCUGCCUCCUCCGUCUCCAUCAGUGUCUGUACUGCACAGAGAGCCGGAGCAGGUCCCCGUUUGGCCCCUAAGAGUGCGGCGCUCCUACAGUCGCCAGAGUCUAAGGGACCGGUCCUUCGACAGCCCUAACGCCCGUCCUGCUCCUCCCUCUUCUCCCAACACCCCAGACACCCUGUUUGGUUUCGAGAGGCUUCAGACGCCAGAGGUGAUGCGCACCGCUGCUGUGGGCUCCUUCGACCUCUCCGCUGCGGAUGACAGCGUGUCCGAGACUCCAGAGAUCGAUCCCAACAUCCCCGGUGUGUGUCUGGAGAAGAAGACGGCCAGGAGGAAGCAUGUCCAACAGAUGAAGAUGUCGGAGCUCGACCUUCUUGCCACGGAGAUGAAUGCAGAGUUUGAGGAAGCAGAAAGUUUUGAACUGUUUGUUGAAUAAAGAGCCACGCGCUCAGGACAUUUCCAUGUCACACUGCUUUGUCAUCAUCAUCCCGUUUACUGCCCUUAAAUCUUUACUGAAAGCUUGUUUUAAGAGUUAGUUGUUCUGAUAUAAUCUGAUU